CUCUGUGUAACUUUGUGUUUAUACAAAGAUUUAGAUUUGGUUACGUCUCAAGAUAUCAAAAUCUCCGGUCUAGAUAUAAAUGGUGGGCUGAUUCUGAUUUCAUUAGUUAUUGCUCACAUCUCAAAGCGAGAAUUUUGCAUCAUCUUAAUGUUCUACUGCUGGGAACCCUUCAUCUGAAUAGCAUGGGAAGCAUAUACCACAGUACUCAUCGAAACAGUUUAGCUGAUAGUCGAGACCAGUGACCAGACCAGAAAGACUGUGAUAAAAUAAGUUCCGUAAUAAAGGCUGUGAAAACAAGUUCCGAGAACCAAAUUGAACAACGAACUUAACAAAAUGUUUAUCGAAACCUUUAAGUCGGGCAUAUUCAAUAAGGAUUUUCGUCGCCAACUGCUGGUAACAUUGAGUGCUGUAAUAAUUACGUUUUGCCAUGGCAUCGGCUUGGGCUGGCUAUCUCCCAUGCUGCCUCAGCUGCAAUCAGCUGCGGAGACACCUCUGGACUUUGUGAUUGAUGUGAGUGAGGCGUCCUGGGUGGGUUCGAUGAUCAGCUUUGGUGGUUUUUCGGGUAAUUUCCUAUUUUCAUUCGUCAUGAAUCGGUUUGGUCGCAAGGUGGCGCUCUACGGCCUUGCCCUGCCCCACACGUGCAUUUGGAUUCUCUUCUAUUUCGCGGACUCCGUUGAAUGGCUGUACGCUGCCAGAGUGUGCGCCGGCCUUUCAGGGGGCGGAAUGUUUAUAGUGCUGCCCCUCUUCAUUGGCGAAAUCGCGGACAAAAGCAUACGCGGCAGGCUGUGUUCAUUCUUUAGCCUUGCCAUCAACAUAGGAAUAAUGGUGGGCUUCAUUAUCUCCUCCCACGUGCCCUACCAUGUGAUUCCAUGUACUGUGGUCGUUCUGCCCAUCUGCUAUGUCCUGCUGACCACACGCUUCCCGGAAACCCCGCAGCAGCUAAUGCGAUGGGGUCGAGAGGAGGAAGCGAAGCGCGCUUUAAAAUAUUAUUGUAACUGCGAUGGUCCGACGCCUAGCAAGGAGUCGGAGCGUGCUUACCAGAAACAGCUUGAGGAAAUGUGUGAUGCCUUGCAGCAGCAGACCAAGGAGAGCGGCAGCGAGAGCUUGACCUUGUCGGACUUCUGCAACAAGCGCGCUUUAAAGGCCAUUGCGACGGGUCUCGUGCUGAUGGUGGGCAACAUAUUCACUGGCACCUUCGCCUUCAUCAACUACAUGUCAAACAUCUUCGAGCGCGUGCACACUCAGCUGGAGCCCAACACUAAUACGAUUAUCAUUGGGGCAGUGCAGAUUGUGGGCACUCUUGCCUCCAUCUAUCUGGUGGAUCGGCAUGGCCGCAAAAUACUUCUAAUUGUCUCGUGUGCCGGCAGUGCACUGGGCACCGGCGCCUUUGGCCUGUAUGCGUUUUUUGGCGACGAAACUGAGGCGGACCUAAGCGCAAUAUCCAGUUGGCUGCCCGUUACAAUAAUGGCUUUGAAUAUAUUCUUGGCUAAUGUGGGAAUCAUCUCGGUCACAAUGGUGGUUCUAGUUGAGGUACUUCCCCCGAAAAUACGCGCAGUGGGCACGAGCGCUUGCCUGGGCUGUCUCAGCUGCUUCGCGUUCGCCUCUCUGAAAGCUUUUCCGCUGAUGAUGGAGUAUUGGGGGCUGGCUGCGACCAUGUGGGGCUGUGCCGCGGUCAGUGUCUUGUGCUUCUUCUAUGUUAUUGUGUUCAUGGAGGAGACCAAGGGUAAAUCCAUUUACGAUUAGUAGCAUCAAACGUCUUAUGAUGAUGAUGAUGAUGUUUGAAGUAAGAUAAGAAAUCAUCAUUUCGAUUAAUAUUUACUUUUUAUGAAGUACAACAAAAGUCGAUAAGCAAUUCAUUGAAAUAGCAAUAUAGUUGUUGGUUUUUCAGUAACUAUAUGUUAAUUCCGAUUCCAAUAAAUACCAAUUGUAAAUCUGUAAUUGUUGGAAUCCAUUCAAACUGUAUUUACAAAGUGAUAAGAAUAACAAUCUGUUCGCUGCAUAAAAAUAGAA